GCGUCCUCCUAUAUAAUCCCAACGUCCCUCGCCUCAGAGUUCAAUCCUCCUCUCCUCAGUUACUAACAUGGCUGCUCCCUCGGUGUACCUUCUAGCCGCACUGGUCGUCCUAAGUCUGGCGGCCGUCUGUACAGCCCAGUUCGGACUCAGCAUAGGCGUCCCUGGCUAUGGUGGAUACGGAGGAUACGGUCAAUACGGUCAAGGCUACUAUGGCAACCCCGGAUACGGAUACGGCAAUCAAGGAUACUACGGUAACCAAGGAUACGGCAACCAAGGAUACGGCAACGGAUACGGCAACCAAGGAUACGGAUAUGGUAACCGAGGAUACGGCGGCUUCUACAGAAGAUGAGCUCUGCAGCAGAUGUUUAACUGUGAUACAACUUUUCUCGUGAAUUCAGCGUUACCCUGUGUGGUUGGAGUUUGCUGAAUAAAUUGAGAAUU